ACUGCCGGCUACAUAUCAGUAUACAGCACUACCAGGGCCGGACUGACCAUUUGGAAACUCGGGCACUGCCAGAGGGCCCGGGGUCAGUAGGGGGCCCUUGGUACCUUUUUCAUAGGCCUUUUUGAGUUUGGGCAAGGACACAGGGGCUCCAUGAUCCCCUAUUGUCCCAUGAGUUGGGGGCCCCAUGAGAUGCCCCUGGUACCUUUCAUAGGAUUUUUCGGGUGUGGUUUGAGUGUGGGCGUGGACACAGGGGCCCCA